GCGAUAUCAAAUACAAUACUAUUAAACACCGUCGUAAUCAAUAACACCCAACCACACGGAACAAGUAAUCAGAACGAAUAACUUUUUUUUUGUUUGACUAGCAAUGUUACAAUAGAGAAUAUUAUUUCUUGAGAGAACUUUGGGAAUAUUACAGAGAAAAAUUGAUGGCAACUUCGAAGCUUCAAGCUCUUUGGAAUCAUCCAGCUGGACCUAAGACAAUUCAUUUUUGGGCGCCGACGUUCAAGUGGGGUAUAAGCAUUGCCAAUAUUGCAGACUUUCAAAAACCUCCAGAGACACUUUCAUACCCUCAACAAAUUGUGAUCACAGGUACUGGACUUGUUUGGUCACGUUACAGCACUGUAAUUACUCCGAAAAACUGGAAUCUCUUUAGCGUGAGUCUUGGUAUGGCUGUGACAGGGAUAUACCAACUUACUCGUAAAAUAAAGCACGAUUAUGUAUAUGAAGCAAAUUCUAUUGUUGCAAAAGAAUGAUGAAGAUGAAGAUUUGCGGUUUUUAUUAAAAACCCCAUCUUUCUUGCAGAUUCAUUCAAAAAUAUUAUCAUGUCAAGGCUUGGUUUUGUUUCCAUACCCAAAUCUUUUUUUGGGUUGUUAAUUGUUUAUGUUAUAGUUAGAAAGUGAAAUACUGGUGUGAGUACUAUAAUUGUAUAACUCACACUGAUUAUCCUGAAGAAUCUUUUAAGCUUGUAAUAACAACUACAUACGUAGGAAAUAUACCACCUUUUAAGUACAUAUUCUUGAGAAAAGGCAAGGAAAAAGACUCUGUGUUUACUAGUCUUUUAUUUUUCAAUCUCAAGAACAUCCUGAG